UCCAACCCCGGAUACCCAUUCCACUACCAACCACCACUAACACGCCGCAAACCACACCGUCAGCCACCACCGCGUAUACUCUCUUUUUUUCUCUUCCUUUCGAAACUUGCAUUCUCCGAUCGGUCUACGCACCAAGAAGCUGAAAAGCCGACAAUAUGAUUGCAGUCUGGGCUUUUAAUGCAAUGGCAUUCUUCUGCAAUUGGAUGCUCGUGUCUUCCUCGGUCUUAAAAGAUGAUAGUAGUCUGAGGAUUUUCAAGGAAUCACCUAAUGAAUUCGAAUACAUAAUAAAAAGGCAUGAUAUGGAUGAUCGUAAAGAAGAUACCGAAUCUAAAGAGAGGCGAAGCACUAUGGGUUCCUCCUUCAUCAGAUUUGGACGCGGUCAAUCCUUCUUCAAUAAUCUCGAUAAUUCGGCAUUCGAUAACGAAAUCGAUUCUAAAGUCAGCAGGCAUCCUCGAUGGAAGUCGCCGGACAUCGUGAUCAGAUUUGGUCGGUCUGGUAUGAAGAGCACAAAUGACGAACAACCAAAACGCGGAAAAAACGAUCUUAAUUUCAUCAGGUUUGGCCGUAACAUACAAAUUGUGCCGACCGAUUUCGAUUUGUCUGCGGUGUGUUCGGCACUCAUGUCGAAUGACGCGAUCAGCGACGCGGGGCUUCAUCCGGAUGUGACGAGGUUGUUUCGCCUUUGCAACAAUCUGAACAAGAUCACUGGUGAGAUCAGCUUGGAUAGCCUCGAGACCAAUUCGAAUCAUCGCGAGUGAACUGGUGUACUACUCGUCUAACUCGUCCGAGAUCCGAGAUCGUUCCGUGCAGAGUCACUGAGGAUUCGAUGGCGGAUGUCAACGAGGAUCGCAGCACUUCAGUUUAUCGAAAUGAUUUUGGUCACCGCGAUUGAAACGCAUUUGGCUUUGAAAUGACGACCGGAUCGCAUUACUAUCAGCGCGUAUCUGUAUUUAAGCUCUUCUUACUUAAUUUCAUCUGUCAUCUAAUUAAACAAACAUCAAUUUGUUUGCGAUAAAUUCCCAUCUAAAUCUUUUCUACGAAAUUAUAAAAGAACAAUAAGAGAUCCAUUUGCAGAAAGCAAAUUUUGUUCUUUAUGCCUUUGUUAUCAA